AUGGUGCACCUACAGUUGGGUUUUGGCAUCAGUAGGCAGCAGCGUGUGAACUGUCGGCGUGGGGUGCGGGGUUAGCCGACGCCACUUUGUGUUGAAAAGUGGAAACGCGAGCAACGGGCUAUUCCGGACUGGAGUGAAUGGUUUCCAUGGAUCUCAAUAGUGCCAGCACUGUAGUUCUUCAGGUCUUAACUCAGGCCACCAGUCAGGAUACUGCUGUUUUAAAACCAGCCGAGGAGCAAUUGAAACAGUGGGAGACACAGCCAGGUUUCUAUUCCGUAUUGCUGAAUAUUUUCACCAACCACACUCUUGAUAUAAAUGUAAGGUGGCUUGCUGUGCUGUACUUUAAGCAUGGGAUUGAUCGUUAUUGGAGACGUGCAGCACCUCAUGCUCUUUCAGAGGAGGAAAAAUGUACAUUGCGGGCAGGGCUCAUCACCAACUUCAAUGAACCUAUAAGCCAGAUUGCAACUCAGAUUGCAGUACUGAUUGCAAAAGUCGCUCGGUUGGAUUGUCCUAGACAAUGGCCUGAACUGAUUCCCACUCUUAUAGAGUCCGUUAAAGUCCAAGAUGAUCUUCGACAGCACAGAGCAUUACUUACCUUCUAUCAUGUUACCAAGACACUGGCAUCUAAACAACUGGCUGCUGAUAGAAAACUGUUUCAUGAUGUAAGUUCUUCACAUAGUUAAACUCGAUUGUGAAAAUUGUGCUAUUUACAUGAAAAUGAAUAAGCUUUAUUGCUCUGUUAAUAUUUCGUUGAAGUAUUGUGAAGACGUUGUAAUUUUUAACUACAGUAACAUGAAAGAUCAUUUUUGAGAUAGGAACUUAUCUUGUAACUUAGACUGGUCUCAAACCCGAGAUCCUGUUGGCUUAGCUUUC